CAGUCCGCGCCGGCCGGGGCCGCGAGCGCUAACGGCAGCCUCCUACUCUGCGCGCGCGCCCGGCCGCCGGGGACGGGGGGGAGGGGGAGCCGCUGCGGGAGCCACCGCUGCACGCGAGGCCCGCUCUUCCCCCGCCCUCCCGCCCACUCCCCACGCGCGCACCCGCCGGGAACGUUGCCCCUGCGCGCGCCUCUCCCGCGCCGGCAGGGCCGCGGCAGCAUGAACGGCUCCCCGUGAACGCCGGCCGCGACCUCCCGCUACCGGCCGGGCCCCGACCCGCAGCCGGGCCCCGUCGGAUGCUCGCGCCCCUCCCGCGCCGAGGAUGCUGAAGAUGAAGCUGCCCCUGAAGCAGACGAGCCACAAGGCAGCAGCGGCAGCGGCGGCGGAAGAGGCGGCAGCGGCCGCCGCGGGGCUGGGGCUGAAGGAGCCUGGCGGUGCCCUGGACUGUCACCUCCAGCUGCAGCAGGUGCCCCGGGCGCCCGCCCGCGGGGGCGCCGCAGCGGGGAGGGGGUGCGGGCUGGAGAGGCCGAGCCAGCUGCACGGCCUGGGGCCGGGACCUGGGCCUGGCCCCCCGCCCCCCGCCUCCGCGCCGGCCGGCGGCGGGCCCGGCUCGGCGGCGGCCCGCACUGACAAGGAGACGGUGUACGAGUGGUUCGGGCUGGUGCUGGGCUCGGCGCAGCGGCUGGAGUUCAUGGUGGGACUGCUAGACCUGUGCAACCCGCUGGAGCUGCGGUUCCUGGGCUCCUGCCUGGAAGACCUGGCCCGCAAGGACUACCACUGCCUCCGCGACUCGGAGGCGAAGGCGAACGGGCUCAGCGACCCCGGGCAGCUCGGCGACUUCCGCGACCCAGCCGUGCGCUCCAAGCUCAUCGUUUACCUGGCCCUGCUGGGCUCCGAGAAUCGCGAGGCCGCCGGCCGCCUCCACCGCCUCCUGCCCCAGGUGGACUCCAUACUGCAGAGCUGGCCGGCACGACGGCCUCAGGCGGGCGCCGCCGAGGAGGAGGGGGCCGAGGAGGAGGAGGAGGACGUGGUGAUGGUGAUGGACGGAGCCGGGGAAAACGGGCAGGCCGGCCUCCCUGCCGCACAGGGCCUGGGCUUCGGCGCACAAGAGGAGUUGCUCCUGCUCUUCACUAUGGCCUCGCUCCACCCGGCCUUUUCUUUCCACCAGCGGGUCACCCUGCGGGAGCAUCUGGAGCGGCUAAGGAGGGCCUUGUGCGGGGACCAGGAAGAGGAGGGCUUCGGCCGCCACCAAGCCCAGAAUGACUUUUCGCAUAGUGAGUGCAUGUCAAGUAAUGAGACCAGUUUGCUAGAACGAACCACGGCACCUCACGAUGGACUGCCAAUGGCUUCCCAUAGACCUCAGCGAGAAGCUGUACACAUUGAGAAGAUAACCCUGAAAGGAGUACCAAGGAAAAGGGCUGACAAACAUUUGGAGUACACAUUUAAAGUAACCUGGUCUGAUCUGUCGGUAACGUGUGUAACAAAAACACAUCAGGAGCUUCAGGAAUUCCUGCUAAAACUCCCAAAGGAACCAUCUUCUGAAGCAUUUGACAAGACUAUUUUAAGAGCACUAAAUCAGGGGUUUCAGAAGAGGGAAGAACGAAGGCAUGCUGAUCUUGAGCCCAUAAUCAGGCAGCUAUUUUCCAAUACAUCGCAAGCUUUUCUGCAGAAUCAGAGAGUAUACAACUUCUUCCAAUCAAUUUCAUCAGAAUCUUUGCACACUCACAGUAACUUACAACCCUCUUUGAAGACGGUUAAGGCACCAGAACACUUCAAGGAGGACAGUUCAGAAGCUUCAAGUCAGGAGGAAGAUGUAAUGCAACACACAGCAGUUCACAAGAAACAUAAUGGAAAAAGUCCUGUUGCCAAUAGCACUAGCAGUGCAAAAUGUUCUUCACUGGAUAGCCUUAACAUACAGCACUCUGAGCAAAAUGGGGUAAUGGACUGGAGAAGAAAAAGCUGUAUUAUCCAGCAGCACCCAGAGCACUGUACAAACCUACUUGACCAGCAUACAGUGGAAAAACGAAGUCUGUCUACAGUAAGCAAGAAGAAAGGAAAGCCACAGCUGGAAAAGGAAAAAGCAAAGAAAACUGACUGCCGGUUGAAUAACAGGACUAAUGGAAUUAGAGUUGCAGCAUCACAGCACAUCCGUACAGGAACAGCAAAAGAUCUGAAUUUGGAUGCUGGAUCCGGUCAUGAUACGUGUGGAGAGACAUCAUCUGAAAGUUACAGUUCUCCUUCAAGUCCACGACAUGAUGGGAGGGAAAGCUUUGAUAGUGAAGAAGAAAAAGACAGAGGUUGUAUUUAUGAUACAGACAGCAAUUCUGAGGACUCUGGGAAUCAAAAUACAACCAGGUUUACAGGCUACAGUGCUGUCAAUUCAUCAAAUGUGAACAAAUCAUCUGCUCAGAUCUCUUCAGUGAAUAAUGAAAAUGGAAGCCUUUCAGAAGAUCCUUUGAAUGCAAAGUUUCAGCAUAUUUCCUUCAUGCCUGCCUUACACUGUGUGAUGCACAGCGCUGCCCAAAAGCCUGAAGCAGUUGUCCCACCACCCAUAUCAGCAGAUGGUAAAACGAUGGGAAUGCUUGUUACCACGCCUGUUGCUGUCUCCCCAGUGAGGGAGUCUGCAAAUUCACCUCCUGGUGGAAUGGGCCCAGUAACCUCUGGUGAACCUGAGAAGCGCCUUGAGCUGAUGGCUUCCCCUUUGCCAGUCCCAUCCACUUUCCUUCCACAUUCUGUCCAGCCUGGUAGCCCUGCUUUGCAUUUGGCAAUACACAGAUUGAAAAUGCCCUCUCCACAGGGGUCAUCAGAAAGUUGCACAGUUAAUGGACCACAGCAGCCAACAGGAAACUUAAGUAUUGGAUCACCAAAUACUGCCUUUAUCCCAGUCCACAAUCCAGGUAGUUUCCCAGGAUCCCCGGUUCCUACUACAGAUCCCAUCACAAAACCUGCAGCCCAGGUGGUAGGACUGAAUCAAAUGGUGCCUCACAUUGAGGGAAACCCAGGAGCAAUCCCUCAGCCUACCAAUCUAAAGGUAGUUCUUCCAGCCGCUGGUCUCUCCACAGCAGCACCACCACCUCCACCAGCUUCAUAUGCUUUGCCAGGCAGUCCUCAUGCUACCAGUGUGUUGCCCAACCAGAAUACAAAUGUGCUAAACACUGUAGCAACUUCCUCACCACCUCAGUCUGCUGGUUUAGGUGUUGGUCAGGUCCAGUCCACUGUUCCUCCUGCAAUACCUACACAUACGCCAGGCCCUGCCCCUAGCCCGAGCCCUGCUCUAACACACAGCACUGCACAGAGUGACAGCACAUCCUACAUAAACGCUGUUGGAAAUAAUAACACUAACGGGACAAUGUUACCUCCACAGCAGUUGGGAUCUGGUCCCUGUGGUUCUUGUGGACGUAGGUGUAGCUGUGGGACCAAUGGAAGCCUUCAGAUAAAUAGCUAUUUUUAUCAUAACCCACUUCAUGGACAAGUCUACAGAGUUCCAUCUUUCUUCACUCUGCCAUCACUUUGCAAUGGCAGCUACCUCAAUCAAGCACAUCAAAGCAAUGGAACACAACUUCCUUUCUUCCUGCCUCAGUCUCCAUAUGCAAAUGGGCUUAUGCAUGACCCAGUGAUGGGGAGCCAAGCCAACUAUGGUAUGCAGCAGAUGGCAGGAUUUGGGAGGUUCUAUCCUGUAUAUCCAGCACCUAACGUAGUUGCCAACACAAAUGGGUCGGGACCCAAGAAGAAUGGGAACGUUUCAUGUUACAAUUGUGGUGUAAGUGGACACUAUGCGCAGGACUGUAAGCAGUCAUCCAUGGAGGCCAGUCAACAAGGCACUUACAGACUGAGAUACGCACCUCCCCCUCCCCCUUCCAAUGAUACCUUGGAUUCUGCAGACUGAAACAAGUAAACAUUGCCUACUUAAACUGAAGCUUGGGAAAUUGGGGGAAGGUGUGUGUGGGAGCGGGGGGGGAGGGGGGUCGGUCUUGUGUUUUGGGACAUUCCCGGUUUUAUAUUCUUUUGGAGUUUUUCAUUGCUUUUGCACCUCUGUUCCGUACAAAAGAAGAAAGCUGAGUCCCUGGUCUCCUCCUGGUUCUACAAAAGGCUUGCGUAAUGCAUGUAAUUCAAACACACAGCCAAACAAUCAGAAAGAGCAUUCGAACCAUGCUUUUGCACUGAAGACUUGAGACAUGUGCAAUGUUUACUGCAUUUUUUAUUAAAAACAAAAAAGUCCUCUGACCUCUGAGAUCACUGGUAGAGCAGCCAUAUGGUGAAAGAAGAAGCUUGGUCAUGUUCCCCACCACAAUCUUCUUCCCUCCCUCCCUCUUCUCCUUAUGCUGCUGUUUUGUUUUCUUCCCCUGUUUGUCCACAUGAAUUUGCUGGACUUGCAUGAGUGUUUAGCAGUUCAUACAGACCCUGCCCGUACUCUGAAUUAAUGCUCAUGAAUUGAGGGGAGAUGUUCAAGCGCCCUGUCAGGAGAGUCCAAAGGAACACACAAUACUGUAUGUGUACUAUAUCUGUUAAUAAUACAUAUACACAGCUCUUGAGAGUCCCAAAUACAUGAAACCACAUAGAGCAGGAAGGGGCUGAAACUGUGUGGACUGGAACAGAUUUAGAAAAAUGAACGAGCGUAAAUUGACAGAUUUUUCCUCCAUUGUAGCCUGUAUGUUCAGCAUCAAAGGUGAAAACAAAACCUGGUAUGAAUGUUGUACUCAGUGUGUUUGCAUUUGUAAUGAAAGUUGACAGCAUUUUUUUCCUUUUUUAAAGCUAUUCUACAUCGUGUCAACUCAGAAUGAACAUUACUUGAUUGAGUAUUUUUUUCCUAAACUAUUACAGUGUUGCAUUGUACUUAGAAUGUAAAUGUUUUAUUUCAAACUGAACAAAAGCUAUGGUUUUCUACAGAAUAGUCAGGUAUUAGUAUUAGAACCUGUCUACCAAAUAGCAAAGUCACUAUUUUAUAACAAUUUACCACUAUGCGUAAUUACGGUAUAAUGUGAAAGACUGAAAUGAGUGUUCAGAUGGUAUUAAUCAUGUCAGUAUCAUGAGUAAGUAAGUUUAAUGCUGCUGUAUUUUUUAUUUUAUUUUUAAAAGCCAAUAUAUGUACUAAAUUGC